AUGGGCAAGGGUGCCGACCAGCAGGGCGGCCAGCACGAGGAUGUCGAGGGUAUCGAGUUGCGCCAUGUGGCAGCGGACCCUGAGAUAGCCGAACAUUGCCCGACUGGGUACUUCACAAAGGGCACCUACUGGGCCGUUGCCGUUGACCCCUACGGCACCUCGCUCGCCUCGGCUAAUGGCGCUGCAAAGGCGGGCAAGACCCGCAACAUCUUGGAGAAGAUGGACGAGACGGACAAGAACUGCGUCGUCUUCUACGGCAGCCAGACGGGCACCGCCGAGGACUACGCCUCGCGCAUCUCCAAGGAGGGCUCCUCGCGCUUCGGCCUCAAGACCAUGGUGGCCGAUCUCGAGGAGUACGACUUUGACAUGCUCGACGAAUUCCCCCAAGACAAGCUUGCCGUCUUCGUCCUCGCCACGUACGGCGAGGGCGAGCCCACGGACAACGCCGUCGAGUUCUACGAGUUCAUCAGCUCCGACGAAGUCGCCUUCUCCAAGGGCGCCAGCAUGGACGAAAAGCCCCUCAGCAACCUCCACUACGUCACCUUCGGCCUCGGCAACAACACCUACGAACACUACAACUCCAUGGUCCGCAACGUCGACAAGUUCCUGACACGCCUCGGCGCCACCCGACUCGGUGCUGCCGGCGAGGGCGACGACGGUGCUGGCACAAUGGAAGAGGACUUCCUCGCCUGGAAGGAGCCCAUGUGGGCUGCCGUGGCCGAGAAAAUGGGCCUAGAGGAGCGUGAGGCCGUCUACGAGCCCGUUUUCGAGGUCAGCGAGAAGCCCGAUUUAUCCCCCGAAGAUGACACCGUUUACCUCGGCGAGCCCAACAAGAACCACCUCGAGGGCAGCCAAAAGGGCCCCUUCAACGCCAACAACCCCUUCAUUGCCCCCAUUGUCGAAUCUGCCGAGCUCUUCAACGCCCCCGACCGAAACUGCCUGCACAUGGAAAUCAGCAUCGCUGGCUCCAACCUGACCUACACGACCGGUGAUCACAUUGCCAUCUGGCCCACCAACGCCGGCAAAGAAGUCGACCGUCUGUUCAAGGUCCUUGGCAAGGAAGACAAGCGCCACACCGUCAUUGCUGUCCGAGGCCUCGACCCUACUGCAAAGGUCCCCUUCCCGUCGCCCACCACGUAUGAUGCCGCCCUCCGCUUCCACGUCGAGAUCAACGCCGCCGUGUCCCGUCAACUCGUCUCGGUCCUGGCUCAGUUCGCUCCCAGCGAGGAGAUCAAGGCUGAAAUCGUAAAGCUCGGCAACGACAAGGACUACUUCAAGGAGCAGGUGACGGACCGCAAUCUCAACCUCGGACAACUCCUCGAGCUCACCGGAAAGGGCGCUAUUUGGGACAAGGUCCCCUUCUCCUUCUUGUUUGAGACCAUGGUCAAGAUCCAGCCCCGCUACUACUCCAUUUCGUCGUCCUCGCUGGUCCAGAAGGACAAGGUCUCCAUUACUGCUGUCGUCGAGUCGAUUGAGAAGCCCGGCGCGCCAUUUGCUCUCAAGGGUGUUACUACCAACUACCUGCUCGCCCUCAAGCAGAAGCAGCACGGAGACCCCAACCCGGACCCUCACGGUUUGAACUACGCCAUUACCGGUCCCCGCAACAAGUACGACGGCAUCCACGUUCCGGUACACAUCCGCCACUCCAACUUCAAGCUCCCCUCGGACCCCUCCAAGCCCAUCAUCAUGGUGGGCCCGGGUACCGGUGUCGCGCCCUUCCGUGGCUUCUUGCAAGAGCGCGCUGCCCAAGUCCAGGCUGGCCAGACCGUUGGAAAGACGAUUCUCUUCUUUGGAUGCCGGAAGCAGGCUGAGGACUUCAUGUACGCCGACGAGUGGAAGCAAUAUAAACAAGUCAUGGGUGACCAAUUCGAAAUGCACACCGCCUUUUCCCGCGACGGCCCAAACAAAGUCUACGUCCAGCACAAGCUGGAAGAGAAUGGCGAGGAGGUCAACCGGCUGCUCGAGCAAAAGGCCUACUUCUACGUCUGCGGUGAUGCCGCACACAUGGCGCGCGAAGUAAACACUCUGCUUGGCAAGAUCAUCUCCAAGUACCGUGACGUGCCCGAGACGAAGGGAGAGGAGAUUGUCAAGGCCAUGAGGGCAUCGAAUCAGUACCAGGAGGACGUCUGGUCAUAAGGAGCAGGACCAGGAAUUCAAAGGCGUCUGGGAAAUACGGUUUGUUGACAUGCAUUUUCACGGGGUAGACUUGGAGCGGGUGACGGCGUUUGAUCUAAUGACAGCAUUCGGUCUUGGGCCCUCCUGAUUUGGACUUGUUAUGGAUACAGUCCAUUUACCGUCGUGUGAACGGGUUCCCCCUCUACAUAGCCUGCCAUGUGAAUAGGCGCUUAGAUGGAUUUUGCCGUGUACUGCAUGGUUGGUUGGUUUUUUUUUCCCUUUCUGUUCUAGCUGUUUAGAGAUAUAGCCCAGUGUAAAGAGAAAGAGUGUUUAGA